AUGAAUUCUGCACUUACUAGAAUUGAUAAAAGAUUUGUACCAUCGGCAUCAGUAUCAGUAACGCCUAUAAGUAUUUUAAUGACAAUGACACCUAAAACAAAGGAGAAUGAAAAAAAACUCCACGGAUUUACCCAUAAAUCACUUUCAGACUCGAUUCCAUCAUUAAGAUCAAAUCAACAACCAGCAUUAUCAUUACCUGUCAAAAAACGUUCACAUGAACCUCCACCAUUACCAGUACUAAUGAUUCCAAAACGUGUUCAACGUACACAAUCCUCAAAAUCAUUUCAAGUGAAAAAAAAUUAUCAACAUCAUCAUUAUCAUAAUCCAGCACAAUUAAGAGCUCAACAAAAACGAACAAUAGUAGUUCUGAAUACCGUUAUUGUUAUACCGAUAAUGGGAAAUAAACUAGACAAAAUAGAACCUGGUACUGGCCGCAAGAUUUGUCCAGAAGAAUUUGGUGUUGAAAACAAAAUUGGUUUAGCAUAUUGUGUUCUACAUCAUGCUCCAAGUGAUAUUACAUCAGACGAGGUGGAAAAAUACUCACAUCAUGGAUUGGCAAUAGAUAUAAAUGGUUUAUCGAAUGACGAGAUGUUUCGUGCUGCUCAUUUCGAUUUAUACGUGCGUGGACCAACAGAUUACUCAACGUAUGUUGAAUAUAACUAUAAAGAACGAAAGUGGACCGACUAUGCUCUUGUACAACCAAUCGGGCGAAUACCUUCAUCGGUAAUUCAACAGUAUGGACAAUUGAAAAAGAAUACAGGAACAUUUGGAUUUUCAUGGCAAAUACGUUAUACGAAAUUGUAUCCAAAUCGACUUGAACUACAUUAUGAAAAGGGUGAUAAAGAUCCAGAGAUGGCCGAAAAUGAAGUAACAAAUUAUCGCGUAUAUCGUAUACGAUGGAUUCAAUUGUUGAUCUAUGUUUUGCCGAUUCUUGCAAAUGCUACACAUAGUAUGACAUUUGUUCCGAUUGAAUCACAAACAUCAAUAUUUUUUGGUAUAACAAUAACACAAGUGAAUGCUUUAGCUAUUGUAUUUCAAUUUCUUUAUGCCAUUGAUAUAAUAUUAUCAAUAUGGGUAUAUAGAUUUUUAUCAAUGCGUGUGGAAAUGAUAGUAGGAAGUAUUUUAAAUUUAGGUGUUUUCAUUCGUCUUCUAUCAUUGAUUUCUCCAACAAGUGGAUAUCCAGCUUUGAUUAUUGGUCUAAUAUUACCAGCAAUUGCACAAUCAGUCUUUUUGAAUAUAACAGCAUUAUUUGCUGCUCAGUAG